AUGAAGUUCAACGCUCUAGUUCAAGUGACGCUCUUUGCGUCGUCGCUGAGCCCGUCUUUCGUUCUCGGUUACUGUGGGACCAACACGACCUACGUGCCCCUUGAACAAAACAUCCAAGCACGUACAGUCGCAGAAAGAGCCGAGACGCAUCCUAUCGAUGUUUUCUUUCAUGUCGCUAGUACUCAUGCAAACGAAGACCUCAUAACCGACGAGAUGGUGGAUACUCAGUUUCACACCCUCCGCAGCGCCUUUCUACCACAUGGCUUUGACUUCAAGCUCGUCAACACAUCCCGGAUCGUCGAUGACACGAUAGGCACAGGCUUCUACGGCGAUGGCGGCGGAAUAGACGACUACGAUGCGUACGUCGCAUUUUUCAGAGCGAACCGACGAGGUCCCUACGAUUCGCUCAAUGUGUAUUUCUUCAGCGACCUAAUCCCAGGCCUGGGCGGAUCGUGCAACCUCCCGUCGCCUGCGUCGUCGAAUCCUGACUAUGACAAUUUCUGGACUGACGGCUGUAUUCUCAACGCAAACACCAUGCCUGGUAUGCCCGCUACGGGAGAUGACAGCACUGACCAGCCUCGCAGAGGACACGUGGCUAUUCACGAAGUUGGCCACUGGCUUGGCCUCUUACACACAUUUCACGGACGCUUAUGCGAGUCCAUCAACGACCAGGUCAGCGAUACGCCUGCACAGUCCGGUGGUUCAGGGGGGUGUCCCAUUGGAAGGGAUUCCUGCCCCGAUUCACCUGGACUAGACCCUAUUCACAAUUACAUGGAUUAUUCUGAUGAUACCUGGUGA